AAACGCUUCAGGAAUUGAGUGCGUAUGAAUGUCACAACAAGAACACCGAUGGUCAUGUAGGGUUUGACCAUUUCAAUUGUAUGUUUCCAGCUUUUUUCUCUCCUGUUUUCUUUUUUUUUUUUUGCUUCCUUCCAUUUAUGCUUGCCAAUCAUAACCAUCGCCCACCACCAACCGGGAUUCGCGUUUCGCUACUCUAAAAGUCUUGGCAUUUGACGUUGAUGUGAUUCUGCCCGUAAACCGUACAUAAUCGUUGCACAAAACUGUGCUGACGAUGCUUUACUCCGACGGUACUCCGAAGGCCGUCACACGGGGAAAAACUGUAUAAAUGUCCAACGCUUUCACGAUUACCAUUACUCUCCACACCGCAGGGCAUUAUGGGUGAUUCAUUCGUCGUUCCCGUACCCUUGGCUCGUUUAUCAUUGCCUGUGUGUGUGUGUGUUUUUUUUUGUUCAUGCUAUCGUGUGUCGCGUCAUAGCACGAAGUCCGAUUUUCUGGUCCUUCGAAAUCCUCACCUACACGGCACGGUAGCCACGCUGCCGUUCGCCGACGGCAGUUGGUUUCAAUUGAGUUCUGCCGAGUUGAUAUAUGUUUGGAUGUGACACAUGCUGCCACCACCAUGCUCCGUUUCAUCCUUGUCCCAGCUAAACCGACAACCCCUGCCGGCAAAAUGGCUAAGGCAAAUACGAAGAAACAAGUGUAGGAUGUUUCCCCUUAAAACCAGCUAACCAGCACAAAAUGAUUAAAAGAAAAACCAUUUAAAUGCUUUUUUUUCAAGUAAAAGCACAUCACCAUCCAUUUUGCAAGUGCCUUCAAGCCGUGCACACGUUUUUUUUAUAACACGUCACAAUAUUCUUGAAGCGCAAUAAAUACAUGCAACUACACUUUGGUCACACUUCUUCUAUCCACGUACUACAUACUACUUACGUUCCUAUUCCAUGACACCUUCGAGUUCGUGAGCUAGAAGGUCGAAACUAUAGCAUCCCAUACGCCACACAUUCAUAUUGCUUAAAAAUUAAUUUAUUUUGCCUUUUUGUCACAACUGCAAACCGCUCCCUCGCCACCCCUCUGGAUGAACGAUCAAAGGGCAAUGGGUUUCAUAAAUUAUGUCACUAUAUAUGCUUUGGUCAGUGGAUGUCCCCCCACCCCUUCCCGACGGUGGCGCCGUGAUCGAUCAUUUUGUACACGGGAGUGAAAAAACAUAAGCUUUCAUGCUAAGCUAUUUUGUUUCCAUCAAACGUCUUUAAUCUUGAUGUAGCUGAAAGGUGAUCCGUAAUUCAAACGUGGUGGUCGGAACAUAAGGCAGCGGACGUAUAUGUAAAUCAUGUUUGUAGACCGUGACAUGUAUAACGUGUGCUUAUGGUAAUGAGCGUGUUGACAAGCUGGACCCACACCAUUGCUUGAAUUGGUUUAAAUACUAUCAAAAAUAUUAACUAACUAUAAAUUGUAUUGAUUUGUCCAAUGCUUUGAAAUCGUGAAGUAUUAGAAGAAUUAACUACCAAAAAUAAACAUAAUAAAAAUCCUUAAACUUAGUCCAAAUCAACGAAAGCCCUGCGAUGGAUGUACUUAACUAUAACUAGUAUACUCAAAUUUAAUUUUUCCCCCGUUUCAUUCGACGACGCAUAUUGAACUCCUUACCAACUCGAUAAUUCCAAUCACUGCCACUGGAUUUGAAGUUUUCGCUCGUUUAUUGUGUAACAUAGUCUUAUCAAACCAGUGCUUUGAUUAGAAUGCUGACCUAGCAUAGCUUAAUAAGUAAUCCCCGCUUGGUUUAUCGCUCGCGUUGCAAAUCACUCACGCACCGAUAGCUAAAGAGCAGAUCGGUAUAAAAAGGAUUUGUACGAAUGUUUUCCUCCAUUAGUCGAUCACAAUUAGUGUCCGAUUAAAGUUUUUAUUAAAGUUUAUUCAACCAAAAUGCAUUUUUCCAUUGCUAUCGUUUGCUUCGCGGCUCUCCUUGGUGCGGUCAUCGGAGGACCGAUAUCCAUGAACAACAACAACAUUGGAGACAUUGUGAAAGUAGACGUUGAUGCCGAGGUGGACAUCAAGAGCGAGAUCAAUGUAGAUCUGGUGAAUGUGAUUGCGGAAUUGCUGCUGGAGCUGAGAGACGUCCAAGUGAACAUUUGUACGCGAUCCUCCGAGGAAGACUCUUCGUCCUCUUCCUCUUCUUCAUCGUCGGAGGGAACCAGCGAAGAAACAUCGGAAGAAACAUCGGAAGAAACAUCGGAAGAAGUUACACCAACAACUAUUACUACUACCGGUACACCGACAACGACCCCUGUUAUUGGUCCAGGUACUCAAACUUCGACCACAAUGAUCUUUACCACAUCGGGAGAUAUGCCUGGCCCUGUACCCUACCAAAAGCUCGUACAAUCGCUGGUGCAAUCAAAACCUGAAGGUUACGAUGCACCAGGAAUUACUAAAGAGCAAAAGGAGCAACUCUGGCGUCAGCAUGUGGAGCAUCUGGUUCAAAAGCAUAUGCACGAUCUUCAGUGAUUCUCCUGGAAUGAAGAACUCGAUCAUUCGUCAUGGACAUAAUUAGGCAUCUUUUGUUCAAUAAAAUUAAUAAAAAACCAGUAAAUACCAAAGAAAUACAAAGUUUAUUAUUUGUUAAAUAGCUGCAGAGAUUUUACAUAUAAA